AUGCGUUCUCAACUGCUGAAGUCGAACACCAAAACCCUUCCAAGGCCAAAACGUCGCCGCCAACGACUCAAAUCGUGGCCUAUUGCAUUCUCCCCUUUUGCUCGCUCUCUCGCUCGCAUGACCUCUCUAUCUACGCCUAAACGUCACCCUCAAAACCCUAAUCCCACUCUCCCUCCUCGUAAACCCCAAUCGUCCCAGUCUUCCCACCAUCAUUUCGAUGGAGUUGUCCAAGAAGAUUCUUCCAAACGGGAACAGUCCGAGACUUCCGACGAGGAUUUUGAUGGAGUUAUUCAAGCAGAUUUUUCGUUUUUCGAUCCCAAACCUGAUGAUUUUCAUGGAGUGAAGACCUUGCUGCAAACCUACCUUGACAAUGAAGAAUGGGAUUUGAGUGCCUUUGUAGACUUGAUUUUGGGGCAGACCACCGUGGGGACUGUUGUUAAGAUAGAGGAUGAUGAGGAUGAAGGAAUCUUUGCUAUUGUUACUGCUCUUAAUUUAUAUAGAUACAGGGAGCAUAGAUGUAUUGUGACACUCAUGAAUUUUCUUCUACAUAAAGUGCGCCAAGGGAGGGAUGUUGCUGACAAGUUGAGAUUGCUUUUGGGGGAGCAAGCACGUGAUGUUGCUCUCCUGUUAUCUCAGCGCAUGGUGAACCUUCCUCCCCAGCUUUUGCCACCACUUUAUGAAGCCCUCUUCGAUGAAGUGUUGUGGGCCACAGAAGAUGAGCCAACGGAGGAGCUCCGGAAUUCCUUCAAGUUUAAGCAUUAUAUAAUACUUAGCAAAAUUUAUAUGCUCAAGAAUGCAGAACAGAAAACAAAACGGAACAAUGAUAGUGAUGAGGGGAUAAUAUAUUUAAAGCUUGAGGAUGAAAUAUUUCACAAGUUAAGCUCAUGGUCUUUCUGCUUUCCGUUGCAAACUCAGCAGCUUGCACCUCAUGAGCUCAAGAAUUACAGGUCAACGGGAUUAAUCAUGGCUGUUGGAGCAGACAAAAUUCCAAAAUUUCGUCAAGAAUUAGCUUCUUUAAUAAAUGAAACCUGA